AUGUUCAGCACCUCCCUCAUAUUUUUCUUUGUGUCCGGCCUCGUCCUUUCCGCCGUGACCAUCACCACAGAGCGCCGCUCAUCCAACGGCGGCCCCAGCGGCACCACCCUGUUCCUCCUCACCGGUUUUGGGAACAAACCGAUGCCGCCGCCCCCGGGGGGGCCAAAGGUGGCGCCUAAAGCGGCUGAAAUGGAGGACGCUCAGGACAGUGAGCCGAAAGAACCCGAAACGCUCCCAAAGCCCCUCCCCCAAAUCAAGCUCCCUCAGAACAUGACGGCAGCUGACGCCCUCAAACCUCCGCUGGGGGCCGCCCAGGUAGCGCCACCUCCCCGGCGCCUGGUGGAUGUGGACGUGUGCCGGGCCUACUACGACGUCAUGGGCCAGUUAGACAACACGUUCAACUGCUCCAAGGGGACCUACAUCUACUGCUGUGGCACCUGCCACUACCGCUACUGUUGUGACCACCAGCGUAGCCGCCUGGACCAGGAGUCGUGCAACAACUACAACUCACCCGGGUGGCUCGACACACCGCCGACGAACACCCCGCCCCCGGGGAACCGGGGUGACCCAGACUCAGAGCAGUUGCAGCAGCAGAGCAACAGCACGGCGUACGUGAUUGGCGGGGUGAUCUCCUUUACCCUAGUGGUGGCAGUGGGCAUCAAGGUGGCCUUCCACAAGAUAUCCCGACGACCCCGGAACAGAGACAUCAACAUGCCCAGAGCCCUGGUGGACAGCCUUCGGAGUCAGGCCAGCCCAGUCCAACAGGGGGAGAGGAACAACACCACCGGCGACAUCCUCGGUCGUCCCCCCAAGAACCUCUACACCCCGGUGCUCCAGAGCAAAGACAACCGCAAGCGCGUGCCCCGCAUGAACAACGCCCAGCUAGCCUCCACGGGGACCCUCCUCACCAGCAAGCACAACAACAGCUCCGGCCUGCACUUGCACCCACAGCCCCCUUUCUCGCACUCCUUCCACAACCUGGCCCAGCUGCCCCCCUCCUACGAGGCGGCCAUGCAACCUGAGAUCAACCGCUACAGCUCCCUGAAGAGGCUCGAGAAAGAGCUGGACGACUACUCUGGCUACUACACAUCAAAGCGACGGCCUAACAACGCCCCUCCGUCAUUCCAUUCCUCCCAGCACCACCUCCACUGGGGCGGUGACUACACUCUCGGAGCCAGGGGCACCCUCCCCUUCCACUCCUCCCGGCCACGGAUUCACGUGCCCACAUCCACCCCCAACCCCUACCCUCUGCCAGCCCAGUCGUUGGGGUACCAGCCCGCCUUCGACAAGCCCCCGCGGAGGGUCAUGUCCCAGGACCAGCUCCUGGCACUUGGUGAGGGCAACACCCUCUCCAGACUCUCCAAGAACCAGCAGCACCAGUACUACAAGGCUAUGACCACCAGCAAGAGCUCCACCUCACAGACGCUUCGCAAGUCCCACGAGAGACUCCUAGUCUCGCCCGACCGUCUGGAGGAGAGGAUGGUGGGCAUGGGCAUGCCAGGGUUGGGCGGUAUGGUGGGUAUGGGGGGCAUGGGUGACUUUGGGGGGAUGGGGGUCCCGACCAUGGGAUGCCUCAGCCACAAAGCCCAAUCACAGCAGAACGUCUGCGUCACACCCUCGCUGGACCGCCAUCACAUGAUCAAGAUGAACUCCCACCCCACAUCGGGCCACGAGCUGGAGAUGAGCGUGGCGGGCCAUCCGGCAGGAAGCUGGGGGGACCCUCAUGGGCACGGAUCAGGGAGCGGGGCGGGGACCCUCGGGGGCCACAACGCACGGAGGAUGGCAUUCGCCACCAAGAGGCAGAACACCAUUGAACAGCUCCAAUACAUCCCUGGGGGAGGAGGAGGGGGAGGGGGCCAGACAUUGAGAACGGCUAGUAAGAACGAGGUGACCGUGUGA